CAAUCAAGGUCACCAGCAAGCAUUUCCGAUCCCUUUCCAACAAGAUCAGCACGACGACCACCACUUGAAGUCUUGAAGCAUGGACAUGGAGCACCAGCUGCAGCAGCUGCUGCACUUGGAGCACUUCAUGCCCAGCAGCCCGGGCUUCUUUGCCGUCGACAGCGGCCAAGACCCCGCCCAUUUCCCAAACGGCGGCUUGUUCGUCGAGCCGCACGUCGGCGCCACCGACGACGACGGCGGGUGGGUGGAGGACCUCAUGCAGCUCGGCGAGGAGCUGUUCGGUGGCCAGGCCGAUGGCGACGACGAUGUCAAUGGCACCGGCGCCGGCGGCAUGCUGGGAGACGACGAUCACUACCAGCAGCAGUGGCAGUGCGACGACGACGACGACGGCGGCGGCUCCCCAGACGGCCCUCCACCGAGCAUAUCCUUGGACGACGACGCAAGCCCCCCUUCUGGGGAGCAAGGCGCUGGGGAGGCCGGGGAGCUCGCCUCCGAGCCGCACCCGCUCCGCGAGGACGGCGACGACGUGUCCGCCGGUGCGACGCGGAAGAGGAGGGACCGGUCCAAGACCAUCGUGUCCGAGCGCAAGCGGAGGGUCCGGAUGAAGGAGAAGCUCUACGAGCUUAGGUCGCUCGUCCCCAACAUCACAAAGAUGGACAAGGCGUCCAUCAUCGCCGACGCGGUGGUGUACGUGAAGAACCUGCAGGCGCACGCCAGGAAUCUCAAGGAGGAGGUCGCGGCGCUGGAGGCCCGGCCGAUGUCGCCAGCUAGCCGACAGGAGCAGCCGCAGCCGCAGCACGGCCGCCGCGCGGGGGCGGCGGGCCGACGCCAGCAGCAGCAGCACGCGGGGAGUUCGGUGGGCUCCGGCGCCCGGGUGAUGCACGUGGGCGCGGCGCAGGUCGGCGAAGGCAGGUUCUUCGUGACGGUGGAGUGCGAGCGGCGAGACGGCGUGGCGGCGCCGCUCUGCGCGGCCGCCGAGUCGCUGGCGUGCUUCCGGGUGGAGAGCUCCAGCAUCGGCCGGUCGGGCCCGGACCGCGUCGUGUCAACGCUCACGCUCAAGGUGGUGAGCCAACGAGUAGGAGGAGAUGCAGCCAUCGGCGAGGCCUCCGUGAAACUUUGGAUGAUGGCGGCGCUUCUCAAGGAAGGCUUCCGGCCCGAAGCGACGGUCCAGAUGUCAUGAUCCGAUCAACGUGGCGGUCCACCAGCUGCUAAUGCUCAUACCCCGGGUUUCUGUUGUUCUGUUUAUAUAUAUAUAUAUAUAUAUAUAUAUAUAUAUAUAUAUAUAUAUACAAUUAAGCUGCUGUAAAUGUCUGGACUAUAGAGUGUUUCUAAAGGGAAUUAAUCAUCAUCAAGAUUCAAGCCAGGACUCGUCAACUCUCCGCUUCCAAUGUCUCAACUGAUUUUUCGUUUGUUCCUUUUGUACCUUUUUUCCCCCAGAAUUAUUAGUUUACUGUACUUGUACCUAGGUGAUGUGUAACACGUUCUUGGCUCGGGCAAUCCUAAUGUGAUAUCGAGACCGUUCAUCCGAUGGCA